GAAUAUGCAGAACAAUGGUAAAUGCCUGUUUGGCAUUGGGUGGAUCUGACUUCAAAUCUCACUCGACUCAGCUGUGAGAACUACUCCUGCAGUGAUAUGCAUUAGAAGCUUCAUUGUGACUGCAAUCUUUUUUAGUUGUUUUCAUACCAUACUGCAAUGCUGCACAAACAUUCAACGAACUUGAACUCGGAGAGGAAGCAAGCAGCCCACUUCCUGUCGUCAUGGUAACAGCAUGUGAAUUUGUGAGCUAGAGAGAGACAGCAAUAGAGUGGGAACAUCAUCACACAGCACGGCUCGGUCUCCAGAGCGAAUCAAAGGAACAGCUUGAAGGAGCUAAUGGAAUAUCACUGCAACAGAUUCAUGGGAAAGGGCUGAACUAAAAUCAGUGAUGGAAAACACAACCUUGGUUUGUUCUGCCCAAGGCUGGUGUGGCCCGAAUGUUUCCACGUUUUCAUCUGAGUGGGACGAUAACGUCAACUCCUUUCUGAUAGCACCUGACGUGAUAAAACCCCCUCCACAGUUCCAGGAUCCAGAGGAGACGAGCCAGGCAUCACCCACUAACUCUGCUGCCAUGAUAAGACGAGAUAGAGAUUGCGUGAGCUCCAUGAAGAAAGAGCGUAGGAGUAGACCAACCAGUAACAUAGAGCUCCACAGACGCUCCUUGUCACUUUCCACCACUGUCAAUACCAACCCAGGUGUGGCCCGGCGCCGGUGCGAAAGCUAUGCGCUUUCAUAUCCCAGCAGCAGCUCCGAGGACAGCGGCAGCGACAGCACGUCCGCCAGGAGGGGAGAUCAACUCCCGGAUGCCGUGCCGCGAUCUAGAUCUCGAAGCAUCAUCCUCAAGAAGGCCAAAAGGAAACCGGCUCCACCCGUGCGAACAGUGUCACUGCAAAGGCUCGCGGCGGAGAAGUAUCCAGAACACAAAUUACAGGGGCUUCAUCUGAAAAAAGACACCCAAAGCAUCAUGAUACUGCCAGAUCUCAUUCCGUCCUCGAAGCAAGAAGUUGCUAAGUGCAAGAAACCAACUCCCACAGCUGAAGCACCUGGCAAGACGUCUGUCUCUAGUCACCGAGCACUAAAUGAGCUUCGAUCCAGCGAACCGUGCAAGUCGGGCUUGGGCACCUCAGUGGCAACUCCGAUAAACGAAGGUAGUUCUGAAAUAAACACAUCCCCGUCUUCUUCCCACUCCUCACCCUGCCAACCUUCCAUCUCUUCUCCUUCCAAACGCUUUGGGACAAACUCUCCAUCGAGUGGCUAUGCAAGCCAAUGCGAAACAUCCACUCAAUCAGGAUCUUCUCAACUGGGCGGCAGAAUGCGCCAUAAGCCUUCCAGUGUUAUUCCUGGCCAAAGGGCAAGAAACCGCAAUGCAAGGCUAUCUCUUCAGCUUCCUGAACUUCAGCAGCACACUCCUGAUCCAGAACCGGUUCAGCCGAAAGCAAACCGCCGCUACUCGGACAGCACCGAAGCCACCAGACCCAAGCAAAGGAUGAGUAACAGUUUGUUGGUCAUGCCCGUGGUUACUCAGGAGGAUCUGAACAACGUGCAUUUGCGCUCGGUCAGCAACUCCGAUCUUGAAAAUGCACAGGAAAUUACAACGGACGUUAUUGAGGAGGAGUGCCCUACUAACAACCAAAAAGUCAAACCUCCAGUGGCUCCCAAGCCCCAGAGAAAUAAAUGGCCACCCAAUGCCAUUGUUCAGCCACGUUUUGGAAUGGCUUCUGAUCCAGAACCGCCAACGGUCACAGCCAGUGAGAGACCAGAAGACAUUUACGCAAUGAUUAACAAAUCAAAACCAACAGGGACCGUACCAUCACAUCUGAAGCAGCAGAAGGACUGCUACUUUUUGGAAGGACAUUCUCCACAGUUGAUGACCGAGACCCGUCAGCCACAACCCCCAUGCACUUUUGAAGCGCAGAAUCCAAAUGCGUUCCCCUUCAACACGACCACCUGUUCAAACCAAUAUGAACUUCAUAAGAAGAGAAGAACCCCACCACCGCCUCUGACAAAGACACCAGCUGUGGACAAUUCAAUUUAUUAUAACUCCGCAGCUCAGAAAAGCCCAGACGAUGCCCAGUCUCCAGACAAACUCUGCAAGUCUCCGAAGUCUCCAAUCUCUGCAAGUCAAUAUCAUGUUACCCUUUAUGGUGUCAUUCCAUCUUACCCUAUGGUCAUUGAGCAACAGCACUCAAAUGCACCAAAUCAUUCAACUUAUGAUGUAGAGAAGAGGGACCGAACGCCCGACCUUGGACCUCUACAACUGGUAGGAGAGGAAGAUGAUGUGUUUCUUUACAAGUCCAAAUCUCAAACGACAGAGGACCUAUUCACCAUAAUUCACAGGUCUAAAAGAAAGCUCCUGGGUCGUAAAGACUCCUUCGAAAAUAAGCAGGGUGACCCUGGCACUCAGGCGCUCGGCAGUGGAGCUUCCCAAAUCAGUUCUCAAAAUGACAACUUCAUGGCUUUUCUGAGAAGGACGAGAAGUGCCAAGGCUAGUUGCAGUGAACGAAUCUCAGCCACAGAGCUCCUCAGAAGCUCCAAGCCCACGGCUAACAUCGCAGAAAACAUGACUCACUGCAAAAACAGCUGUGAAAAGACACACAGUCCAUAAAGCAUCUUUAUGUUCAAAGUCACGUUUUAUAUCUAAACUACUUUGUGACAAAUGCCAUGUUAAAGUUCUGAAAUAAUAUCAAUGUAUCAAGAAACUGGCUUGUAAAUAUUCGCUUUCUUGUUUUGAAUGAGAUCUAAAGUAGAGCUUUA